AACGUUUUCGCCAGACUAUUCACCUGAGAAACUCGUAACGUUUGAGACGUUUUUUGCCAGAGCUCUCGCAUAAUUGCUGUUUAACUGGCUAACGGCGGUAGUGCAAACUGUUAAUAAGUCUGUAGACAGCAACAAUUGAAAUCAGAAAAACAAGUUUUGCCAUUAAUAUUGAAAAUCGUUAAAGUCGUUGACGUCGACGUUGAUCACAAUACCUGUGAUGAUGAUGAGUUCCAAAUGCGCAUUUGUCGCCGUCACAGUGUUUGCUUUACUGUUGACGCACGGAGGCGUAAAUGUUGUGGAGGCGCGCCGUACCCAAAGCAACCAACGCAAAACAUCGUCACCAUCGUCCAGCAACUCAGGGCACGUGACUCAGCCUAGUUACAACACCCACAACAACGGCGGCGCCGGUAAUACCCAUGCCGAUGUUGCCAAGCUCAGCUAUCCCAACUAUAAUUCACAGCCGAAUCGUCCGGCCACCGGUACCGGCAAUGCAAAUUCGAAUAAUGCGGCUAUUGGCUGGAAUGUGCCCCAGGGUCCACCACCCGCUUAUUCCGCCUCGAACCCUGUAGGCGGUGCCAAAACAAACAUGCACGAGCAACCGCCCUCUUACCAUGCUCCAAAUUAUGGUGCUGCACCGCCUAGCUAUGGUGCUGCAGCACCCAGCUAUGGUGCCAGUAAUGUGCAUCAGCCCAUAUCGGCCACCCAGAAUCAUGGUCAGACGUAUGCAGGCUACCCGUCUGGCGGCACCUAUCAGACUGGAGGACAUAUGCCCGGCGGAUACUAUCCUGGAGCUGCUGCACCACCACCAGGUGCUACUGUCUACCAACAGGGAGCUGCAUUGCCACCAGGCGCCAUAUUAUAUAGUCAGCCACCACAGCAGUCUUCCGGCUCGGGCUUCGGCACAGGGCUUCUGGCUGGUGGCCUAGGUGGCGCCCUGAUUGGUCAUGCACUGACACCUUCGGGCGGCAGCUCCUCUCAGGCUGCAGCCGCCGCGCCUGCUGCAGCUGGUGGUACUGAUCGCAUAAUCAUAAUCAACAAUGGUGUGCCAGUAAAUGCCACCGAUGGUACCACAGUCAUCAAUGCGGCGGGCCAACCUAUGAAUACAACUGAUGUUGCAGCUGCUCCUGCUCCACUGGCCCCACUUGCUCCAAUGGAUGGACAGUCGACAAUGCCAGCUAAUGGCACCGAUGCCGCUGCUCCUCCACCGCCAACUGGACGCAUUAUUUGUGUACCAACCAAGGUUAACGAAACGGAUCCAACGGACAGCAGCAAAAUGAUUGAGGUGGAGAAGGUGGCCUGCUAUCCAGAACCCCCACCACCCGCUGCCGCACCAGGUGAAGGACCAGCGCCUCUGGCCCCCAUGGCUCCUGCUCAGCCGGGCUCACAACAAGUCCAGCCACCUGGCGCGGUGCCUCCCGAUCAGGCAGCCGUGCGUGCCAACGCAAGCAGUGGAGCCAGUGCUGUGCUUCGUACCAUUGAUGGCAGCCUCUUGGCCAUGGUUAUACUCUUUAGCGCCCUUUUCAUGCGCAAUUACGCUAAUUAGAGCCGCUCGACUCGUAUUUGUUGUGCAGACGUCGCGAACGUUCCAAUUUGUUGUGCACUUUUUAUUUGCCUCACCCUCACACCCCCAACCAAUGCUCACAUCCACAAGAACACAAUUCAACCCAACCCAACACGAACAAACAUAAAGAAGCCCCGUCCACUUAUUUGAAAAGUACUCAACAAUGUUGUUAUUUAUUAGUAUUGUCCCCCCCUACAUACAAGUAUAUAGUAUUCCAAAGCUCGCCCCUGAUAUUUCCGGCGACCUUCGCUUGCAAUUUGUGAUUUCUAAUACGGCAGCUUAAACUAAAACUGUGAAUUUGAAUCUCGUUAAAUUAUAUAUAUACAUACAUGUAUUGCGAAUAUAAUAUGUUAUGAUAAAAUUGUGAAACUAAUUUUGACUCAUAAGCCUAAAAGACAUCUCAGUGUAUAUUUUUGUAAUUGUUAACAAAUUUAUGACACAUAACGAAUGUGCCUAUAUUUACAUAUACAUACAGAUAUUACAAUUUUGCACUUUCUAUUUUUGCAUUGUUACAUUUUCGAUCAACUAAUAAAAAGCUCCAGCACACACA